UUUCGACUUUUUGAGAUCGUUCGUUUUUUUAAAAUUGUCAGUUUUCAGUUCAAUGUUGUCACGAUACGCCUCCAAACUCCAACAUUUUUCUCGGACAUGUGCUAAGCGGUAACAAGCGGAACACCACAAUUUGUAAAGGAUGGCAAAUGUUGAAGGUGGAAGACUUCAGCAAAUAUCACAAAAUAUGCAAGAGGUACACACCGUCUUAGAAGAAGGAUUUUCUCAUGCCUGCCAAAGCACUUCUGUGAAGGAUCACCUAUUAAAAGCUGUGAGGCUUAAGAAUAAAGAGGUGGGAGUUGACUUUGCAUUUGGUGAAAAACUGUUGCUUCCUGAUGCAAAAACUUUGAAUCCUUUGAAAGUUGAAAAUCUUGGAGAUAUCUCGAUUCCAGUAUCUGUUCAGGAUAUUCAAAGGCUGAAAGAAAUAUCUGAAGGAUCUUGUUAUGGAAAACAACUGAACAAGAUUUUGGACACCUCAAAACGGCUGGCCUUGGAAAUUAAUUCUUCAAAACUUACCUCUACAAUUUCUGAUGACCUCAAGUUACCUUCACUGGCAAUUCAACAUCUUGGCCUGCCCUCUGAAUUGAUGGGUGUUCAAGCAAAGCUUCAGCAAUUGAUUUUGUAUGAAUCUGGCGGUCAUUACCACCGAACCAUGGAAUACGAAAAAGAAUAUGGCUGCUAAGGUUCGUGAUAGUGUGAAAAAUCAAGAGGAAGAGGAAGAGGACUGUUGGGAUAGCUCUAGUGGAUCUUCCUCGGAACAUUUUUCGGACUUCGGAGUUCUAGAAGAUCUCUUGUAUUUUGUUCUCGAAGAAACCUACGACGAAAAUUACUUUGGAUUUCGUCGACUUCGAGGAAAAGAUCGGGAUGCAGCUCAACUUUUUCAGUGUUGUGGAUUUCUUGACGUACAUUUAGCUGUGGUUACGGAAACCGUUACAACUAUACGUGCUGUAACACAUUCUGAUUGGUGUAGUUGCCACGACUACGAGAAAAUGAAAUCUUCUAACAAAAUUUCGCGAUGGUUGGAUUCAGAAGAUACACCGAGGAAGUUGAGUAUUUAUAUAAAUUAGAAGGAGCAAUGUGUUGGACCUUGUAGGGAGCUUGCGACAUCAAACAGCAAAAAGAUUGACUCGAAAGAUAGACAUUAUAGGUGUGGUAAAGAGUGUUAUGACACGGGGGAAACAACCAUUAGCGAAGAAUAUAUCCAUCACUUCAUUUUGGUUAUUUGGCCCAAGCGUGAAUCGUCUCGGAUGUAUUGUCGAUAUGGUCUUCUUUCACUAUUGCAAGAAUUGGAAUUCAAAAGUUCAACUA